AUGGUCUUGUGUAUAACGUCUAUAGAUACAUUACACAAUUACAACCUCGACCAUAUGCGGGAGCAUCAGAUACAUGGGCACGUGAUCAAGAUGGCCAACUGCGACCACCACCGCCACACGUCUUUGACAGUACGCUGGGCCACCCGUCACAUCCAGGUCCUUUUCACAAUCUUACGAAGACUAAACGAGAUGGAUGUUCCCUUCGUGUUCGUCUCUCUCCACGAAUUCACCUCUUCGUUCCUGCCAGAACAAGAGCCCGCCACCCUGCCUUCCGGGAGAACCCUUGAGCGCUCUUUCGAUGCUCUGCCCGGAGGGAACAUUUCUCUGGAAGAUUACCAUACAUCCCUCGAAAAGUGCAUCAACACUCACAACAUAUGCCCAGGAUUUUCGGUGAAGCUCAUCGAAGUCGAUUCCAUCACCCCUCCAACAGUAAGGAGGGUGGAAUACUUAGCACUAUCCCUUACGCAGAACGCCGCCUCAACAUUCGACCGCAGCAGACCCUGGUUAUAUCAACGUCUUCCCUUUCUUUGUAUGGCGUCCAAAGAUUCGGAUCCCUUCGCAUUCAUACCACAAGGCUCCGACUCUUUCACAACGUACCACCACAACAAGGCCAUGGCAAUUCGCAAACAGACUCUGGAGCUCAUGGUCGCCCACGUACGCGCGCUAUUCUCGCACCAGCAAAGGGUUUUCCUAUUUUCGGUGCUCAUCUUCGGAACGCAGGCGCGCCUCGUCCGCUGGGACCGCAUGGGCGGCGUUGUCACCGAAGCAUUCCCCAUUAGCGGCGCGCCCCACCUCUCUGGCUUCCUGGCGUGCUUCGCCCGCCUCGAUCCCGCUCUCCAGGGCGACGACCCAUUUGCGGAGGCCGUUCCCCGCACUUCUCGCAAUUUUGCACUCAUGCAGGAUGCCGCGCUUAACCCACCCCAGGGUACCACCCGCUACGCAAAGGAACUCUUUGCUAAGUCCAUUGAAGAUCCGACGUGGACGUGCUACAGACUCCGGAUCAUUCCCGCCGAGACGGAAACGAAGCUGCGCAAGCCCGCCAGGAGGCGGCGGCGAGCGGCGACGACCAAGACCAGGCGGACGCGCGCACCACCACCACCUCCGACCGGCGAGGAGGCCGAGGAGGCGCAAGCGCAUUACUUUCUCGUGGGAAGACCGCACGUUGCUGACGAGCAGUUUCCCGGGCGCGGCACCCGCGAAUACGUUGCGCUCGACUGCGCGUCCGGCGAGCUGGUGUUCCUCAAAGACAUGUGGCGCCACAAACCGCACAAUUCGUGGUGCGAGGGCCACACGCUCGCAGCGCUGAACAAGGCGGGCGUCGUGAAUGUGCCGACUCUCGUAUGUCAUGGUGACGUUGGAUGCCAAUGGUCACGAACGCACGAAUUCUGGGGUCGCGAUGAGAGCGAAGCGGGUUCGAGUACGAACAUGAAGAAAACCCCUACGUUCCCGGGUGAGGUGAGGCAUUACCGGCUGGUCCAGAAGGAGAUAUGCCGCCCGUUGGGCCACUUCCGUCACGGACGGGAGAUGCUGCAGAUUGUUGUAGAUUGCAUGGACGCGCACAAGCACGCAGUGGAGAAGGUGCAUUUGAUGCACUGUGAUAUAAACGAGGAGAACGUCUUGAUCUUCGAAACGCCAGCGGAAGACUCAAGUAGGCAUCGCUGGACUGGAAUGCUCUCCAACUGGGAGUUUGCUAAGCCAGUCCUCGUUGGCGAUAAGGUGGCCCCUCGAGAGGCCGAUGAAGUAUGCUCCUUUAGUUGUGCGUCCGUACGCGUUCUUGACGAGCCUGGGACGCCGCAAACCAUCGCGGACGAGCUGGAAUCAUUUUUCCAUCUUCUCCUUCUGCUUGCGGUCCAGUACUUCCACAGCAAUGUCUGGGCGUACAACGUCCUGUUGGACUACUUCUCGAAGACGGACGAGCCCGAACAGCGUCUCCCAAGAUGUGGGAAAGCGAAGAGGGAGAUAAUUUAUUCUGGCGCACUUGAAUUCAACAACGAGCCUAUCGCGAUCACCAUGAACAAUGAACAGCCACUCCCAUUGACAGGACUCUUGCAACUAAUGCUUAUCUACUUCAGUGCGAGCUAUUCCGUGAGGCUACUUGACAACUGGCACGAACGCACUGGUCCCACGCGCCACCUGCGCUCGUCACGGGAUCCAGGUCCCGCGCCGCUCAUCUGCGAGCCAACGCUUGCGAUGCAGCAAUUAAGCAAGGAGGACAUCGCUCGUCGCCGGAUCCUCACUGCUUCACUCAGGGUGUACCAUCCCAUACGUGACCUGAUGCUGUUGUUCAUCGAGCAGCCGUGGCCGGAGUCGGACAGGAGACCACGCGAGCAUGAUAUCGCCGAUAUAGAAGAGCCUCCGCGUCGUGGACCAUCAUACUCCAGCAUUUCAAAUGAGGGGUCUGAGCCAGAUGAGGAGGCCCACCAGAUGGCGGGGUCGGAGCACUCUACGAGUUGGCUGGAUGAGUUUGGAGAGGUGGAGGAGGAGCCUCAUAGCGACGAUAUAGCUACGUUUCGUGGCUAUGGCAGUCGCAGAAAGAGAGCCCAUGCCGAGCCGUCGUCGUCAACACGAAAGCGACGCCGACUUGGUUAG